AGGGUGGGGGUGCGGCGUUGCUAGGAGACGCGCCUGUGUGACCCCAGCCUCGCGAGGGCGGCUCGGUGUCAUCGCUGCUGGCCUCGGGAACUUGCCUCGCGGAAGUGGCCCCCAGGCCUGGUUUGGGGACGCGGAGUUGCCGUUUGGAAGCCCAUUUGAGGCUUUUGUGAAGCUUUCGGAGCCCGGAGUGUAAAUGGGAGGUGGUCGGGGCAGUUCCGGGGGCGAGAGGCGUCUGGCUGGGGAAGGUCACCCAAACGAGGCACCGGACAGGAACGGAGACUUUCUAGGACAGUGAGAGCCAACUUCCUAGUUCCCUCGAUCAACAAACUUGAGAGUAAGACGGGAGGCCUUGGUCCGUAACUCUUCAUUCGAGUGCAGGAGAGAGUUAACAAGUAAAUCAAUAACGAAGAUACCAGCAAGUGAGAAAUGCCCCAAAGACCGGAUGAAGUUAUAGAAGAUGGGGGGAGGGCCACUCGAAAUCCGAUGACAACAGCAACACGACAAGAAGUUCUUGGCCUCUACCGCAGCAUUUUCAGGCUUGCAAGGAAAUGGCAGGCGGCCUCGGGGCAGAUGGAAGACACCAUCAAAGAAAAACAGUAUAUACUAAAUGAAGCUAGAACACUGUUCCAGAAAAACAAAAAUCUCACAGACCCAGACCUGAUUAAACAGUGUAUAGAUGAAUGCACAGCCAGGAUUGAAAUUGGGCUGCAUUACCAGAUUCCUUAUCCCAGGCCAAUUCAUCUGCCUCCAAUGGGCCUCACGCCACUACGAGGUCGGGGACUUCGAAGCCAGGAGAAACUGAGAAGACUUUCCAAACCAAUAUAUCUCAAAUCUCAUGAUGAAGUUUCCUAAUCCAAGAAGAAAGUUUAUUUCUGGGAAUGAUGAGCCAGCUAGGUCUUGAAUGUAAACCAAAUGGCAAAACACUUCUUGAUGAGGGGCAAAAAUUCAAAUAUCUUCGUAAAACCUCCAAAACUGAUUCUCACCCCACAAUGUAAGCUCACAUAUCCCCAGAGUUUGCCCGGGUCUUACUGCCUGAGUGGAUGGCAUUAACCCUAGAUGUCAUGGGCCUCAUAUCCUCACUGAAGUCACCUUUGGAAACAAGACUAAGCCUGUGGGAGGAUGGCUGAAGGGUGAGAAAGCUUUUCGUGGGAAUGCCAUUCACCACAUGUGCCAGCUCGUGCAAAAAACUCAGCCAGUUGCUUGAAUUUCUUACGGCUACUGUAAAACUAUGUACCACUCUCAGGAUUUUUUUUCAAGUUUAGAUUUACUUUAAAGUGGGGUUUUUUGUGUGUGCUUUUUUUGUUGCCUUUUGACCCUUCCGAUUUCCAGAUAAACUCCCCUUAAAAAGUACGUCAUUGGAUUGAUCAUGGUUUUUCAUGGAAAUUUUAUAUGGAACUCAUUUCUGUCUUAGUUAAAUGCGUAUGUUUAUCUUAUCUUAAAGCCUGUGAUUACUUAGGCUGCACUUAGGAUCUGAAAAGCUCACUUGAAACUUGUACUGCAUUCAUUAUGAGUAUUUUACUGUAACAUAAUUGAAAAGUACAAGGUCCAAGCUGGCUUUCAAAUUAUGUCUAAAGAGAAAUGGGACAAAUAUAGAUGAAAAUAUAAAGGAUUUACAUCCCUGAACCCCUAACUGGAGUUAGGCGAAAGUCCAUGCCAAGUCAUUUGUACAUCAGUGUCAUUCCCUCUUACCUACGAAGAAGAUGGGCAUCACCAAUAAAGGCAAAUUUCUAUCAA